CAUACGUGACAAUCAUACCACAACGAGUUGGCAUAUUUAAUGUGAGAGAAUAUCACUCUUUCAUUCCGUGUGUAUAUCCCAUCUGACGACAUUUUGUUUGAAAAACGCGUGAAGAAACAACGUAACCAGUAUUGCAUGAAUCUGGAACAAGCAUUUUCGUUACACUAUUUAGCUUCGAUUUUCGGCACAAUACGGACCUGCCCUCACAAGCGGGCAAACGUCAUCCGGAUUUAAGCUUGAUAUUUCAGUUUAAGGAAGUUGUUUGGCUAGACUUAUGAUGGUGACAGCAUAUCUAAUCAUGCUUAUGGUUUUCUUUCAUCCUUUAUUUAACUUUUGACCACGCUUGGCUUAAAAACAAAGGGGAAACGACCAUUCAUCUUGAAAAAGUGAAAUUGCGUUACUGCGAAGCAAAAAGAUUUUCAAUGUUACGUUAACGGCGUUUUGUCCUACGCAAACUUACCUCACCAGGGAUCACUUAACUUUAGAAAGGUGGCAAACAUUCUAAAUAUUCUAUGGCCAUCAGAAACGUCACAAUGACGUGCAACCAUAGCACUCUUUUCCGAUGUUUCCCCGACUUCGUUAACGAUACAGUCGACGAUGAAGCCUUGCGUCGCCGCUUGCACAGCUUCGAGAUCUCCGUCAUAGUCAUAUCGUGUAUCUGUCUCCUCGUCGGCGUGGUCGGCAACGCUCUCAUCGUCUACAUCGUCCCGAAAAAGGAUAUGCGAAGCGUCUGUAAUGUUUUCGUCGCAAACCUUGCCAUCCGGGACAUCUUUUUCCUGCUCACUUUCGGUCUCGCCGGGAUCGUCGAACAUGCAGUAUACAUCACUAGUGGAAACGUGCUAGAAGUGAUGCCAUUAAUCUCGGUUUAUUCCUUGACGGUGACGAUAUUGGCUACAUCUGGUCUCUUGGUGGCGCUAGCUAUCGAUCGUUAUCAAUCUAUUGGGAACCCUCUGCAGUCUCGUUCGAAGAAAAGUUUUUAUAAAGCUUAUACUGCCACCGCUUUAAUCUGGAUAGUCGCUUUCAUCCUACCAGUCGUGCACCUUAUCUUCAAAACUCCGGACUCUAAAUUACGGCUCGUCGUCGUUAUCGUCAAUACAGCGGUCGCUUACGUUAUCCCGCUUGCCACCAUUUGCGUUUGUUUCGUCAUCAUCGUGAUCGCUGUGAGGCAAGGUCAACAGGUCAGCGGCGAAUCGGACCACCUCACGCGCUGGGAAUUCAAACGCAAGAUCCGCGUACUGCGCAUGGUUAAGUACAUCGUGUUGCUGUUCUCGUUGACAUGGGGAGUGUGGUGGGGACUAAACAUCUUCAUUGCCUACCUAAAAUACAAGGACAUCCCUAUCACCAUCGGCCACGAAGUCGCCAGGGACGUCACAGGCUUAAUGGUGCUCGCAACCAGCGCUAUCAACCCGUUUAUUUAUGGUCUGACAAACGCGUAUUUCAACCGCCAUCUGAAGAGGAUUCUGUGCUGGUCGUGCGCGCCGAGGAGCUUGCACCAUACAUCUGUGACAAGAUCCCCAGCGGAGUUUCCCUUUUCGGAGCCCGUCCAGUAUUCGAUAGUGAAGCGACGUUUCAGCCAUUCGAACGGAUCCGGACUCGCCGAUAAAAGCGACCUCCGAAUGAGCGUGGUAGAAAUAGAAAGUACUGUAUGAAUAUUGAUUUGUUUUUUCAUAACGUAAUGAUAUUUUUAUUCGAGCAGUCAAUAGACUGAAGAAAAAAAAUAGUCUAUUUCUUUCGGGGUACGCUCUGAGUCCAUCCUAAUAUUCAAUUGGUUUUCAUCAUAGAAGCAGAAAAGUUAGAAAAACAAUUCAGUGAAAGUUUGAGAAAAAUCUGACAACAAAUAAGAAAGUUAUGAAUCAUGGAAUCUUUGAAACAAAUUGGCAAUGCGGUUAGAAGUUGUGAUGUCAUCCCCUCACAAUAAUGAUAGAAUGACCCCCAAAUCUCCAUUUCUCUGAAUGUUAAUGGAAUAGGAAUAGGGACGCAUGAAAGAACAUGUUGUCCGUGAUAGGCUAUAUGAUCGAGAAAGGCAUGAAGAAAAUAUAUCAGAUCAAAAUGGAAUUUAAUGACAUUUCUUGCAUUCAACAAAGAAUAAAAUGUGAGGGGUGACAUCAUAUUUAUAGACCGCGUUGCCAAUUUGACUUACAGAUUUGAAGAAUCUCCUGAAAAGUUAUGGAUGUAUUUAAUCCUUAACUUUCUUGUUUAUUAUCCGAUUUUUCUCAAACCUUCAUUGAUCUGUUCUUCUCAUUUUUCUCCUUGUUUUAAAACAAAAUUAUUUUCAGGGUGGACUUCCCCUUUAAGUACAUCUGACGCCAUCUCGAUUAAACUCAAUAGUCAACUUAAUUGGUUUAAAGGUAAUACACAGUUUUGGUAGGGGGUCAUAAAUUUGGUUCAAAUGAACAUGUUGGAAGCAUAUGCGAUCCUACAAUAUUCAGUGAUCGUUGUC